AUGGCUGGAGGCCCCCUCAAAAGGGCGGCUUCGCCAAGUCGACCAAUCUCACCUCCACCACUUAAACGCAAACCUGGAACAACAUUAAAAAAGACCGCCCAGCAGUCUUUCUUUCUCCCGAACUCACAGAAGAAACCGGAAACCAUCAGCUGGAGAAUUGUCAACAAAAGCUUAGUAGUCGGGAAUCACGCCGCCGACUCGGCGAGUGUUCGACAACCGAGUUCAGGAAAGCCAAAGAUUGCUGCGUUUGACUUUGACUCUACGUUAGUAUCAACUGUUUCGGGGAACAAGUUCCCUAAAGAUGCGAAGGAUUGGAAAUGGUGGAACCCAAGUGUUCCGUCAAAGCUCCAGAGUCUACACUCCGACGGGUAUCAUGUUGCUAUUAUCUCGAACCAAAAAGCCGUCAGCCUCAAGAAAGAGAAGAGCGGGGCUGAUAUGAAGAGCCUCGCAAAUUUCAAGGGUCGAGCAACAAGUGUUAUGAAGGAACUUGGAAUUCCCAUCAGCAUUUACGCCGCCACAGAGGACGACGAGUUCCGGAAGCCAAGGACUGGUAUGUGGAGGGAGCUGCUUGAUGAUUUCGACUUUGACGUUACCGGUGUCGAUUCUUCGGCGUCGAUAUUCGUUGGUGAUGCUGCUGGGCGGCCAAACGAUCACUCCUCGGUUGAUAGAGGAUUUGCAGUGAAUGCUGGCUUGCCGUUCAAGACGCCUGAAGAGUUCUUUCUCGAUGCGCCACCUGAACCAGUGGUUGAAUCCUUCGACCCAUCACAAUACAUACAGCCCGCCGACUCCCCCGACGAUGUCUCGCCGCCAUUUUCUCGCAAUAGUCCCCUCGAGCUAGUGAUCUUCUGCGGCAGCCCUGGCGCUGGGAAAUCUACUUUCUACUGGAACUACCUAGAGCCACUGGGCUACGAGAGAGUCAACCAGGACAUUCUGAAGAGUAGACCGAAAUGUAUCAAAGUCGCCAAGGAACACCUUGGGGCGAAAAGGUCCGUGGUCGUCGAUAACACCAACGCAGAUCAAGAGACGAGAGCCUUGUGGCUGGACGUCGCGAAAGAGUUCAAGGUCCCCAUUCGUUGCGUCUACUUCUCUGCCCCCCCGGCUAUCUGCAAACACAAUAACGCGGUCCGUGCCGCAAACAAAGCCCUAAAUCCCGAGUCCCGCAACAGCCUUCCCGGCAUCGCCUUCGGAGACUUCGCGAAGCGAUUCAAGCAACCAACGCUGUCAGAGGGCUUCCAAGACAUUAUCCGCGUCGACUUUCGUUUUAAGGGUGAUGAUGAGGCGAAGAAGCUCUGGGGACAGUUCUGGAUCUAG